UGAGGGCGCUGAGGGGGCGGCGGGCAGCGCGCGCUAGUGCCGUGAGGGCGGGCAGGGCCGGCUCCCGGUGUGCCCCUGUGCCCUCCCGGGGCCCGCUGCCCGCUCCCGGUGUGCCCCUGUGCCCUCCCGCUGCCCGCUCCCGGUGUGUCCCUGUGCCCGCUCCGCUCCCGCCCGGGCCGCGGUGCCCUCGGGUCCCUCAGCCCCUCACGGCGCUGCCCGCGGAGGGCGUGCGGCUCUGUGGGGUUCGGGGCCUGUUUUUCCAGUCUCUGAGGAGCCGAGAGCGGCAGUGCGGGGCUGGCAGCGGGCUGUGGCAGCAGCGUGUCACGCCGCGCGUGAGCUGCCCUUGGCAGGAGAGGGACAUAAAGCGCUAGUGAGAGGCUGUGGGUGCUCCCAGCAGCACCGCCGCCCCAGGCAGUCCCUGCGAGGCUCCCUGCAGCGUGCUCAGGGGCUCGCCGCGAGGUCUCUGGCUUACUUUUGGACUUGGACAGGCCUAAUCUGUGAAGAUAAUUAAAGUUCCUCUACUGUGGAUGCUGUCUCCGCAGGUGCUGCUGCCCAGCCCGGUGUGCCGGCCCGUGCAGGCUGUGUGCUGUGGCUCGGCGCUGCCGUGGCUCGCUGUGCUGCGGGCCGCUGGCCGGGAUGCCGCCGCUGCCCGGGGCCGAGCUGGUGCGCAGCUCGCUGCAGCUGUACCGGUACCUGCUGCGCUGCUGCCGCCGCCUGCCCGCGGGGCCCGUCCGGCAGCACUACCGGCACGCCAUCCGCCAGAGUUUCAAAGUCCAUGCUGAUGAAGACGAUCCUGAGCGAAUCCAGCAGAUCAUUAAGAGAGCCAUUGAAGAUGCUGACUGGGUGAUGAAUAAAUAUAAAAACCAGAAGUAGAAGAGGAAGGAUGAAACCAAGGAGGACAUUGGUAAAGAUCCUUAGAGGACUUACAGUCAAGCCCAGUACUGUAUUGGAAUUAUUGCCUGAAGUUUUGUCUUGGAUAAUAUAAAUACAAUGAUUUACAUUUCACUGGGAUGUCAUGAAGCUAAAUUAAUAUUUCUGAAGAAAUUGAACUUUGUAAAUUACUUUGUAUAAUCACAGACUUGUAAGUUAAAGCCCAAGCUUGCCUAA